AUGGCGAUCGCCGUUCUCCCUAUCGCCUCCGUCCUGAUCCUGACUGCCACCAAGAUGGGAAGAACCGUCGUCGCCCCUCCCAAGCGCAAAGGGCCGCCGGUGGCGGAGUGCGCUCCUCUCCUCGGAGUGCUGCCCGCCAUCCUCACCAGGAGCUUGCAGGACGUGAUCUGCGACCAGUACUCGAAGCUCGGCAGCGUGUUCACUCUGAGCUCCUUGGGAGUGAAGGUGACGUUCCUGGUGGGGCCCGAGGUCUCCGCCCAUUUCUUCCAUGCCGCCGAGUCGGAGAUCAGCAUCGGCGACGUCUACAAGGUCACCGUCCCGAUCUUCGGCAAAGGGGUCGGCUAUGACGUCGACCACGACACGCGGAACGAGCAGCACAGGUUCUUCGCCGACACUCUGAGGCCGGCCAAGCUCAGGAGCCAUGCCCGUCUCAUGGUGGGCGAGGUGGAGGAGUACUUCGCCAAGUGGGGCCAGUCCGGCACGGUCGACCUGAAGCAAGAGGUCGAGAACGUGCUCGUGCUGAUCGCGAGCCGGUGCCUGCUGGGGAAGGAGGUCCGGGAUCACAUGCACGACGAGGUGUCCUCGCUCCUCCACGAGCUCAUCGGCGGCCUGCACCUAGUCAGCCUCUUCUUCCCGUACCUCCCGACCCCAGCUCACCGCCGCCGCGACCGAGCGCGCGCCAGGCUCGAGGAGAUAUUCUCCGGGAUCGCCAGGCUGCGCAGGAGCUCAAUCUCAUCCGGCCGCGGCGCCGGGGACGACGACGGCGACCGCGACCACGACAUGCUGCAGGGCCUGCUGGACUCCAGGUACAGAGACGGCCGCGGCACGACCGAGGCCGAGGUCACCGGCCUGCUCGUGGCGCUGCUCUUCGCCGGCCACCACACCAGCGCCACAGUCACCACCUGGACGGCGGCGCGCCUUCUCCACCACGCAGAGUGGCUGCACGCGGCCACGGAGGAGCAGAGGCGGCUGCUGCUGCUGCUUCUGCAGAGGAACGAUCAGAACGACGACGCUGCAGCAGUCAUCAACUAUGACGUCCUGCUCCGGAUGGACGUCCUCCACCGCAGCGUCAAGGAGGCGCUGCGGCUCCACCCGGUGACCCCAAUGAUCCUCCGCCGCGCGCGCAGGGCGUUCACCGUGCGCACUCAGGACGGCGCCGAGUACGAGGUCCCCGAGGGGCGCAUGCUGGCGAGCCCGCUGGUGGUGAAUAAUCUGCUCCAGGGCAUCUACAGGGACCCUGAUGUGUUCGACCCGGAUCGCUUCGCCGCCGGGAGGGAGGAGGACAGGGUCGGCGGCGACCUGGCCUACACCUCCUUUGGCGCCGGGAAGCAUGCCUGCAUGGGCGAGGGAUACGCCUACCUGCAGAUCAAAGUGAUACUGAGCCAUCUCCUCAGGAACUUCGAGCUCCAGCUGGUUUCUCCCUUCCCGGAGACGGAGAACAUGAUCUCCAUGAGGCCCAAAGGGGAGGUCAUGGUAAGCUACAGGAGACGCCCUCUGCUGCGGUAG